GGUAAAGCGAAGCAGCCGACGAGUAAACAGCACGCCCAGCUGCGCUCCCAAACGACAGACAUAUCGUGCGCACUCGCACCGUCAACCGCGCUCCAGGAGUGUGUGUCGCAGUUGUUACGCACAGUGCCGCGCCGUGACAGACAGAGCUUCGCAAACCAGGCGUCUACGCGUGCGCGAGUGGUGCCGUCCAAAUUACGUCGCGCGGCGCAGUUCCCGAGCGUGCAACGUGAUCUAGUCGGCCGUGCAACGUGACUGACUUGGCCAGUGAGUGGCUUCGCCCGCGUUAUUUUCCGUGCCACGUUCGCGCGACAAGGACACGAUCUCGCAACAGACUCGCCCGUGCUUCGUUGCUGCACCAAAUAAAACACACCAGUGAGUGUUUUCUGUGUGUUGACUGUCUCCUGCUGUGUUUCUUCCCAGAAUACGCCACAAGUGCCGGAGUUGCUCCACUUUUGUGACAGAUCACCCUCACCGGAUCGAAGGCCGUUUCGCCACCACCAUCGCACUCCACAAACGCUACCCCGCCCCCACCAUGAAGGAGGAGCGAGAGGCGCCGUCGACGGCUGCGCCAGCACCGGGCACCGCCUCCCCCGCCUCCGGGGCGACCACCGCGUCCCUAGCGAGCCGCUCCUGCAAGGCGCCGGACUCUGCCUGCUCCGUGGGCAACAGCCAGUCACAGCGCAGCGGCAGCUCCAAGUCGCGCAUCAGCAGCUCCAGCGGCAGCAGCGGCUACGGAGGCCAUCCGUCCACUCUCAGCAGCGGGAACGACGCGUUCCCGCCGCCGCGAUCCAAAGACAAGGACCACCGCAAGAAGAAGCUCAAGGCGGAGCAGGCGGCGCCGGAGGCUGCGGCGGCCACCUCCGCCCCCACUGCGGAGGCGGCGGCCGCGUCGCUCUCUCGCACCAAGACCGACGCCGCAUCCGCGGCGCAAGCGGCGGCGUCGCCGGCCGGCGCGGCGCCGCCCUCCGCCCCCGAGCUGGCGGAGGAGGCGGCGCCGGCCGCGGAGGCGGACGCCCAGGCGCCGGAGGCGGCGUCGGCUGCCGCCGGGGGCGCGGGGGGCGUCGCGGCGCCGGACGACGCGUCCGCCGCCUUCUCCCAGUCGCUGUCCUGCCCCUCCAGCUCCAACAGCAACGGAGCCGUGGAGGCGGAAGCGGAGGCGACGCCACAGGAGCAGAAGGAGUGUGGUGCGAGAAGUCGCUCUCUCCACCAGGACCAGGCGCAGCCGCAGCAGCCCGCCGCCGGCAAUAAGGACGAGUUCACGGUGGUGGUGUCGAUGCAGGAUGGCGCCGUCAUCUACACGUCUCCGUCCAUCACACAGGCGCUGUCUUUCCCACGUGACAUGUGGGUCGGCAAGUCCUUCAUCGACUACGUGCACCCUGACGACCGGCUGGCCCUCAUACAGAACAUCACUUCAGGCGUCGCACUGCCUCGCCCCAAGGGGGGCAGCAGUGAGUCGUCCGCCAAGGCCCCGUCGCAGGCACCGCUGUUCUGCCGGCUGCGGCGCUACCCGUCGCUGCGUGACGGCUUCGCCGUGGCGGAGCGCCGGCUGGUGCACCGGCCCUUCUCUCUGCAGCUCUCCUUCUACGAGCUGCCCGCCUCCGCCUCCGGGGGCGCGCCCGCCGCCCUGCCCCCCGGCGUGCUCCUCACCGUCACCGCCACUGCCGUCUGCUCGGCCUACACCCGGCCGGACGAGAAGCCGGUGGGCGGCAACAGGUUCUCGACACGCCACCAGGCGGACGGGAAGCUGACGCACGUGGAUGGUGAGGCGGUGUCGCUGCUAGGCUACCUGCCGCAGCAGCUGCUGGGGCGGCCCGUCUUCGACAUCUACCACCCGGCCGACCUGCGCGGCCUGCAGCGCGUCUACCGGCAGCUGGUGAGCAAAGAGUGCGAGUCGACGCUGCACGGGGAGCCGUACCGGCUCCGUGCCCACAAUGGCUGUUACGCGCGAGUCCAUACCGAGUGGUCCAGCUUUGUCAACCCCUGGACCAAGCGGCUGGAGUUUGUCGUCGGGCAGCACUGCGUCCUGCAGGGUCCGAGCUGGCCAGACGUGUUUGCGGAGGCUCAAGACGAGGAGAUGUUUGGUGAGGAGCUGCUGCAGGAGAGCAAGGCCGUCCAGAAGGAGAUCCUGCAGGUGCUGCAGGAGGAGGUGUGCCGCGGCGAGCCCGGCACGGACAGGCGCGACGUCUCCAAGCGCUGCAAGGACCUCGCCAGCUUCAUGGAGUCGCUCAUUGGCGAGAUUGGCAAGCCCGAGUUGCGUGUCGAUCCGGCCGCCGCCGCUGCCAACCGGAUGAGAGCCAGCUUCUCUGAACGCAGCUCUGUGACGUUGGGCGAGAUAUCGCCACACCGCGACUACUAUGACAGCAAGUCGUCGUCAGAGACGCCGCCCAGCUACAACCAGCUCAACUACGACGACAACAUCCAGAGGUUCUUCGAGAGCAAACCGAAGACGAUCCCGUCAGACGAUUCCGGUGAGCGGCUGAUGGCAUUGGAGCCGACCAGCCGCAGCACUGACGAAGACACCAAGGCUGCCGCCGCUACCAACGACAGCCGUGCCACCAGGAACUGCUUGUCGCCGGUGAAUGACACCGGCUCCGGAUCCAACUCUGGCAGUGGGUCGGGAUCUGCCGGCGUGUCUGCCAACAACGCCAGUGUCGACACCGCAGAGGCCGAGGGAGACUACAAACCGCCACAGCUCACUGAGGCGCUGCUUUCCAGGCACAACGAAGACAUGGAGAAGAGGAUGGUUCAGCGGCACCGCGAGCAGCGCAGCAAAGGCGGCGACGGGAAGUGCAAGAGGCUCCACCACUGCCAGCUGCCGGUGCUGGCAGACAAGGCACACGUGGAGAGCGCGGCCCCUCCUGCAGUGGCUGCCCAGGUGCCGGCGGGUGCGGCGGCCCACGGGACGAAGCGCAGCGGCAGCCACUCGUGGGACGGCGAGCCGCUCAAGGCCAGCAAGCACUCGCACGCGCCCUCGCCGCCGGCCGCCCCGCCGCCCCCGGCGCCCCUCCGAGACGAAGCGCCGCCGCCUGCCGCUGCGCCGGGCCCGCCCCCGGCGCGGUCGCCUGCCGCCGCCGAGGGUGCGGGGCUGAGCCUGUGGCCGCCGUUCUCUGUGGCGAUGACACCGCUGCAUUCGCCGCAGCCCUGCAAGACGCGAGGGAACUUCUGCACGGGCGGCUGCUCCCACGCGGCCCCGCAGAUCCUGCCACUGUACUACCUGCCGGCUCCGACGCCUGCCUCCGCCGGCGCCACUCCUGUGGGGAGCGGCGCCCGCCCCCACCGGCAGCCACACGCCCCCGCCGCCUUCCUGCAGCAGCAAGGAGGCCCGCUGCCGUACGUGGCGGCCGGAGUGCUCUACCAGGCGGCCCCGCUGCUGUACCCGCUGGCCCCGCCGCCCCCGCCGUCCCCGUCACACCUGCUGGCGCUGCACCAGCCGCUGCUGCACCACCACCAGCAGCACCACCAGCACCCGUCCACCUACCAGUUGUCAGUGGCACCGUUAAAAUGGUGUCUGCAACAGUGCCUAACUUUCAAUACUGUUCAUUUUCAAUUUUCGAAAACUGUGGGUACACAAAAUCGUAUUACGGCAGUGCGGGAAUUACGAGAACGUCACAGGGGCCGGCUGCGCCUCCCGUUUUGCCGCACACGCACGCUCUUGCUCUCGCCCUCACUCGAAUUGCCGCGUUUUGCUGUGCCACCACCACCGCAGCCGCUGACUGUCUCUUCUGCCGAGAAGCUGAUGGGAGCAGCCAGGAGCGGUGUGUCGGCGCCGGUGCCGCUGCCGGAGUCGGCCUGCCAGCAGAGCUCCGUCGGGCAGCAGCACCAAAACCAGCACCGACAGCACCACCAGUCGUACCAACACCAGCCACUGCCGCGGCCCGCCUCCUGCGCCACUUCCGUCAAAGUGGAGCCCGGCUCCAGUGCAGCCUCUGUCGCAGCUUCCGUGCUGAACAGGGGCGCGUCAGACGGCUCACAGAAAUACUGCCGCACAUCGGGCGAGGAGGAGACGGAAGCGGAGGACAGCGGCUCGGGGUCCGGGCUGCGGGGGCAGGGGCAGUCGAGUUCCUCCUACACCUACUCUUUCCUGCGCUCCGACGGCGACAGCUGUCGCGAUGCGGACGGGGCCGCCACAGGGGCGGAGGACAUGCUUUGGGAGAGAAUGGAUAAUGGCUCGUCUGAGGGAACAUCGAAGCGGAGACCCAUCCUGAAGGAUCCACCGUGGCUGGAGAACGUGGAGGUGACCCCGGACCUGAUGUUCAGGUACCAGGUGUCUGAACGCGAGUUGAACGCUGUGCUGAAGGAUGACCUGCAGAAGUUGCGGGCCAUCUCACAGCCGAUGCUGGUGAAUGAGCAGCUGGGCCAGCUGUACCUGGACAUGGCGCGCGCCGGCGGCAAGGAGCUGGGCUUCGAGGAGGGUGAGCUCACUUCCAGCAGCUCGGGGUCUGGCAACGACAGUGCCGGCGCGGAAGCCGGUGCCACGCUCCACAGGACUCGCAAGAAGCGGCGCAGUUUGGAGUACAGCAAGCUGGUGAUGAUCUUCGAGGAGAAUGCGCCGAUGCCGUCACCCGUAUCGCAGCCGGCGUAGUGGACGCCUCCCAGCCGUAGCCCCAGGGGGC